AUGGGAUCUGGUAGUUCUGUAAAUGCCAACUACAAGUACUCCCUGCAGAAGUCUGAAAAUGCUUUCAAGGCGGCUGUUUUGAUCCAGCAGUGGUAUCGGCGCUACGUUGCUCGGCUGGAAAUGCGCCGACGUUGCACCUGGAGAAUCUUUCAAUCCAUCGAGUACGCUUGCGAGCAGGAUCAGAUCAAGCUUCACAACUUCUUCAGUUACCUCAUGGACCACUGCACACCGAGCAGCAGCAAAGAGAGGGAUUUUCUCAGUCGCAUGUUUAUAAGUGGGGAAAGCUUCAAAGAGGCAGAGCUGGAAAAAUACUGUGACUUUGAAUCCAUGGAGGUGCCAGACUCCUACACUGGACCCCGUCUCUCUUUCCCGCUCCUUCCUGACCAUGCCACUGCCUUGCUGGAAGCUUUCAAACAGAAACAAAAGCUCCACGCUCGCUAUGUCUUAAACCUUCUGCAUGAGACCAGGAAGCACCUCAAGCAGUUGCCAAACAUCACUCACGUCUCCACCUGCUAUAGCGAGGAGGUCACCGUGUGCGGAGACCUGCACGGCCAGCUGGAUGACUUGUUCCUCAUAUUUUAUAAGAAUGGCCUUCCUUCCCCUUCCAAGUCCUAUGUGUUCAACGGGGACUUUGUAGACAGAGGCAAACAGUCCCUCGAGAUCCUCAUCGUCCUCUUUACCUUCCUCUUGAUCUACCCAAAGGAGGUUCAUCUCAACCGUGGGAACCACGAGGACCACAUGGUCAACUUACGCUACGGUUUUGCCAAGGAAGUAAUGCAGAAAUACAAGGUGCAUGGGAAGAAAAUCUUGAAGAUGGUUCAGAACGUCUUCUGCUGGCUGCCCCUGGCCACCUUGAUUGAUCAGAAAGUCCUUGUUAUACACGGAGGCAUCUCUGACACCACUGACCUGGACAUGCUUGAGAAAAUACAAAGGCACAAAUUUAUUUCUGUAUUAAGAGGGAAGAAAAGAAAGGAGUCGAAUAGAAAUGUGGAAAUACAGGAAAUAAACGGGGAGAGCACAGUAGAGGCUGGCCCAGCACGUGACGAGGCAGCCCCCAGUUUAUCUCUGCAGCCCCAGUCAGCCCAGGCUCCCAGCAUGGCCAACAGGCUGGAGUUCUCCAGGUGGGUCCGGCAGACGGUGCAGGAGCAAAUCGAGCGGUGCCGCCGGAUGGUGGACAUCAGUGAGUCGGAGGAGGAAGAGCUCACCUACUCCAGCAUGGUGUCCUUGAAGGAUGUGGAUGAGCCGUGCUGGACUCGCCAGGAGGAGUGGAAGCAGAUUUUAGACAUUCUCUGGAGUGACCCCAUGCCUCAGGAAGGCUGCAAAGUAAAUACGGUGCGAGGUGGUGGCUGCUAUUUUGGGCCUGAUGUGACAGGGAAGAUCCUUGAGAAGUACAACUUGCAGUUCCUCAUCCGCUCCCACGAGUGCAAGCAAGAGGGCUACGAGUUCUGCCACAACCGGAAGGUGCUGACCAUAUUUUCAGCCUCAAACUACUAUGAAAUCGGCAGCAACAGGGGAGCCUAUGUGAAACUGGGACCGGACCUCGUCCCCCAUUUUGUGCAGUACCAAGCGAACAAGACAGCCCAUACUCUCACUAUGACCCAAAGGAUCAGCAGAGUAGAAGAGUCAGCCUUUCGAGCUUUACGGGAACAGCUCUUUGCUCACACCUCAGCCCUCAUCAACGCGUUCAAGGCCUACGAUAAGGACAACACAGGAAGGAUCCCGCUCAGCAACUGGGCGACGGCAGUGGAGUCAGUCUUGCACCUGGGACUGCCCUGGCGAAUGCUGAGGCCGCAGCUGGUGCGCAGCACGGCGGAUGGCAUGCUGGAGUACAAGUCCUGGCUCAACGACCUGGCCAUGGAGCAGCGGAGCCAAGAGCACAUCCAGUCGAGCUUGCUGGAAGUCAUUUAUCGAAACAGAUCCAACUUGGAGACCAUAUUCAGGAUCAUAGACACAGAUCACUCAGGUCUCAUCUCAUUUGAGGAAUUCCACCAAACCUGGAAGCUGUUCAGCUCCCACAUGAACAUUGAACUCACGGAGGACGGCAUCAACGACUUGGUUCGCAGCAUUGAUUUCAAUAAAGAUGGAAACAUCGACUUCAACGAGUUCCUAGAAGCCUUCCGCCUUGUCAAACAGUCACAGUAGCGAGAACCUGGGGGAGUUGCCACAUCCAAUGCCUUGACUGCCAGUGAAGCCAGGAGGACCGCUUCCUACCUAACUGCAGAGCGUGCCUGUAGAUGCCAAGCAGGGAAAGGGAGGGCAGGUACCUGUAGCACUUCUUGGUUAAAACAGUAGCCA